GAAAAUAAUCAGCUGUGUACACUUGUAAAUUAUUGGGAGUGUUGGCAAAAUCGUAAUUUUUUUUUUGUCUUGAAUAAAUUGUGUCGACGAAUAAAGAAAAUGUAUUGGUUUCCUUUCGUGGUGACGAGUAGAUAGUUUUAAGUGUUCUACUCUAAUUUGUUCCGUGUCACGUUCAGUGUCAGUUGUGAACAGGUUUUUUGUUGUUUCAUUUUAUUUUUCUUUAUCGGUUCUUCGUUUUCUUUAUUUUGAUUUUGCUCUGCAUGUUUUCGUUUUGUUCAAUACAAAUAAAUAAAUCACAUGCCAAAUUGGUGCGUACCAAAGCUGGGAACGCACAUGAAAUACACACAAAACGAAUAUCUAAAACAACUUUAAGAGCAGAUCAUUAGUUAGUAAUAGAAAGUGAAAAUGAGAGCGUUUUCCUUGAAAAUUCCUCGGACGAGGUGUAUGCUCAUCACUUCGAUAGUUUUUUGUUGCCUCACAAUCGCACAAUCCAUUUUGCCUACACACAAUAUGUCCAACAAGGAAAAAAAUCAACUCAAAGAAGAAACGUUAGAAAUGUUUUACCAUGGGUACCGAUCGUAUAUGGAAAAUGCAUAUCCAGCCGAUGAAUUGAUGCCAUUAUCGUGUCAAGGCCGGUUUCGGGGAGUUACACCGAGCCGAGGCGAUAUGGACGACGUAUUAGGAAACUUCUCGAUGACUUUAGUCGACACAUUAGAUACAUUAGUUAUUAUUGGUGACUAUGAUGAAUUUGAGCAUGCUGUUAAAUUAGUCAUUGACAAUGUAAAAUUCGACAAUGACAUCAUUGUGUCAGUGUUCGAAACGAAUAUUAGAAUGAUUGGCGGAUUACUGUCAGCGCACAUAUUGGCAGAGUAUAUUCGAAAAAAUGAGCGUGGUAAUGAUGCUCAUUUACAAUGGUACCGUGGUGAAUUACUUGAAAUGGCCAAAGAUUUGGGAUAUCGGCUACUGCCUGCUUUCAACACAACUACUGGCAUUCCGCAUGCCCGAAUUAAUCUAAAGCACGGCAUGAAAUCGGAGGAACUUAAGAAUUCCCGUGAAACAUGCACCGCAUGCGCUGGUACAAUGAUAUUGGAGUUUGCUGCAUUGUCUCGACUAAGUGGUGAACCGAUCUUCGAAGCAAAGGCCCAUGCUGCAAUGGACGCACUUUGGAAAAUUCGACAUCGAAGCUCCGAUUUAAUGGGAACAGUCAUGAACGUUCACUCCGGCGAUUGGGUUCGUCGCGAUUCUGGCGUUGGAGCCGGUAUAGAUUCAUACUACGAAUAUUGUCUGAAAUCAUACGUUCUACUGGGCGAUAGUCGUUAUUUAGAUCGUUUCAACAAACAUUAUGCAGCUGUUAUGAAAUAUAUAUCACAUAAUGGACUUCUAAUGGACGUUCAUAUGCAUAGACCACAUACAAAAUCUCGAAACUACAUGGACGCGUUACUCGCCUUUUGGCCUGGAUUGCAAGUACUCUUUGGCGAUCUAAAACCAGCUGUUCAAACCCAUGAAAUGCUUUACCAAGUCAUGCAAAUGCACACAUUCCUGCCAGAAGCGUUCACAUUCGAUUUUCAAAUCCAUUGGGCUCAACAUCAUAUUCGACCCGAAUUCAUAGAAUCAACGUACUUUCUUUAUAAGGCAACCGGUGACGACUACUAUUUGCAAGUGGCGAAAAAAGUGCUGAAAUCUUUACAAGAACACACUCGUGUUAAAUGCGGUUUUGCAGCAGUAAAUGACAUCAGAACGGGGAAAAACGAAGACCGGAUGGACAGUUUCGUUUUGUCGGAAACAUUGAAAUAUUUAUAUUUAAUAUUUGCCGAACCGUCCGAAAUUGAUUUGGAUUUAGACCGAUUCAUAUUCACUACCGAAGCGCACUUACUACCACUUUCACUUGGCCAACUGGGAAAUAUAACGAGAACGCGUGGAGAUAGUGAUGAAAGUAGCGAACAAGUAUUGACAAUGAACUACAUGCGAUCGUGCCCUAGUCCAAAGCAUCUUUUUCCUGAAACAGUACGAAAACCAAUGAAAGAUUUAGUAUCCGGUGUAUGUCCGCGGACUUCAAGCGCUAAACGCAUAAGCGCCAUUGAGUUCAGAGCAAGUAAUGCUGAACACAGACGUACUGUUUCGGACAUGGGAAUAACGAUGAUCUCAGUGGGUGAUGGAAAGGUGCAACUAAUGCACAAUUUCUAUAAUGCCAAAACACCAGAAGAUGCCGAAAAAGGUUUGCUGUUUAUGAGAGAAAUUGUUGAAUUAUCUAAGUCAUCGCAUAUAGCCACUUCGGUAACUACCGAACUGCAAGCGGUUUUCUUCAAAAAAGAAACGGGUGGUAUUGAGCUUUUGGUUGCCGGACCAUCACAUUUUUCAAAAUCUUUGACUGGAAAUGAAUCUAUACAGCGAAAACCAGUUUAUGCUGUACCAUUCCGAUUGUGCGAGCCAUUACAAAUACCAGUUGAUGAGAUUAAAGAUCGAAUACUGGUAGUGGAGCGUGGUGAUUGUACUUUCAUUGAAAAGGCCAGAAAGGGUCAAGAAGCUGGAGCAGCAGCUAUUAUUGUUGUAGAUAAUGUACCAGAUUCUAAUGCAGAUGAACAACCAAUGUUUGCAAUGAGCGGUGACGAAAAUGAUGAUGUGCAAAUACCAUGUGUUUUCAUGUACACACGUGAAAAAGACAUUCUCAUGAAAGCAAUAUCCAAGAAUCCAGAUUUAGAGAUAAGCAUAAUGCAGAUGAGUGGAUUGAAAAAGCGACUUCAAUCUUCAAUUAAUAAAGACGAAACAAGUACCGACGAUAAGGCGUAGGUUAUAUCAAUCAACUUCCCUGUAAAUAAAACCCAAAAAAAAAAACCGAUUUGAAAACAACAACAACAAAUAAAAUUAGGCGUAUUCGAUAGAAACGUUGAACGUUUUUAUUGACAGAAAAUGUGUAAAAAGAUGCAAUAGAAAUUUGCUUGAAUUUUUUUACUUUUUAGAUUUAAGUAUGAAAUGUAUGAAUUUAUGCGAUUAAGAAAAUUCGAAUAAAAAAAUGUCCGAAGAAAA